GUCCAAUUAAUGAACGUAAUUCAUUUGACAACACAAGGGUGCAUUGAAGUUCCUCUACUAAUGCCCAUGCUCUCUGCUAUGCAUGCAUGGGCUUUGACACGAUCAUCGUCACCACUGCCAACCACCCGUUGUCUAUCGUCAACCGCCCACGUCGUGGUUGCCGUUGGUUGCCCAUCCCCCAGAUCGGCUGACAUCUCGCAUCGGUCUGAUAGACCAACCUCUUUUUUCUUCAUUACCAUUUCCUAGACCCGGUUUAUUCCCUCACUGUCGCUCGCUAUUAUCCAUGAUGCAACAGGGAAAUUGCCGGUUCGGGAUCUCCUCCACACUUUUAGCUCCUCCCACAGAAGGCUUGUCUGUAUACGAGAGCGAGUAAAAGUACGGUGGUAUAGAAUAUACGCCUGCCAAGGCUGCCUCCACAUUCAAAUUUAGUUUAUUUAGUUUCGUUAUGGAUUUAUUUGCUUUUCGGUAUGGGGUUAAGGCGCUCUGUAGUCUGUGGUACGUACAAAACCCGCUCUUGCGGGAUUCGGUGAGAAAAUCUGGAGUAGAUAGACAGAAAAACCCCAUACAAUGCUGCUGCAGCAGAACGACGAGGUCCAUGUCGGGAUAUUUCGAAGCUUCGGAGGGUCAAUCGGGGCCAGUCUGGACCGCAUACCGCCACCGUCCUCAGACCUUUAGACCACCCCCAUGGAGCCUAGUAAGACUACGGAGUACAAUGGUUAUGGUAUCCUCAGCGACAGGAGAUUUCGGGGAGAAGGAUGACCUGCAUCAUCCCUACUCCAUACCAUAUCGACGGGGUUCACGAUCCCAGUUGUCUCAGUCACAUGUACGACUCGGGGGUUUGGGUAGACGAUGCCAUGUGGAACAUGGCAGAUCCACCAUUGAGAAAGAAAGGAAUGCCGUACUCUUUGUUCACCAAAGCUGUCCGGUAUGCUUGAUGGUAUGUUUCCCUCGCCGACGGACGUCCUGUUCGCAGAUCGAAUGCUGUUUUGUUCCUAUUUCAGUUAACUCUUUCGCGAUAGUAUAGACUACUGAAUGAGGACAAGUCCAUAGCAGCAGCAGGUUAGCGGGCGCUUUCCGCGGCUGAUGGGGACCGGUACGGGUACGAAUGUCGUUAGUAGAUACGCUUGCCCGUUUAGUACCCGCUCAUCUCGACUCUAGUGGUGACUGCUUAUUGAAUUCCGCUUUACUCCUAGCUCUGCAACAGAUAACAAGGGAAGAGUCACAAAAAUAGCAUAAAGAUGAUUUCACGAAGUACGGAGUAAGUACGU